UGUGCAUCGGGCGGAGUCCUCGAUGGAAGCAAAUCGAGGCAGCCGGAAAAUGUCGGGCGCGGGCAACUUGGGCGGAAACACUUGCAGUGCGGGCAAGUUCGUCGACUGCCCCUCCAUCCACCUGCGCUUGGUCCCUCGUCGCGUACAUCUGCCAAUGCUGCGGUAUAGCCUCAUGAUGGUAUGCGGAGUACAUCCGCUAACCACUUGCUUCCAGUGCAAUCUUCUUCAUUUCCCGAAGCCUGGCCAGAUGGUCGAUCCCAUGAUCCUCCCCGGUCUUCACUUUUCUCUGCCAUUCAGCGUCCCGAAACGGGCGGAGUCGGAUUGUUUGAUACGUUCAUGCUUGAACGCAUAUAGCUGCCUCAAUCAACAUCCUUCCCACUUUUUCUGACAACUUUGUCGUAUCUCAUUAUAUGUAAAGGGUGUCUCCUCUCUCGUGACGAGCUCGUGAAGAAUCACUUCCUGUGUACACAGUACAGUCCCUGGACAUUCAAAUAUCUGGCUGAACUCCAAGUUGUGUCCCUGUGGCUGCAAUCACUGAGAUCCCACCAGUGACGUCUGUUCUCCAUUCUCCCGAGGCCGAGCGUUCGAUUAUCCAUCGCGUGCCGAAUUCUCCCCGCUAAGGAUAUCCUCGCAGUUUCUGUCGAUUCUACUAGUUGGACUAUUAUUCUUUGUGACAUCUUCUGAAGAACCCUGAAUCGUUACACGGAGAAUAAUACCACACAAGCAAAAGACAAAGUACAUACACCAUGGCUUCCAACGGAGACUCCAACGGCCACCCUCCUACCGGCACGGGCCAGGAGAAAAUCAACACCGACAUCAUCACUCUGACCAGAUUCCUGACGGAAGAACAAACAAAACACAAGGAAGCCACCGGUGAUUUCACAUUGCUAUGCCACGCUCUCCAAUUCUCCUUCAAGUCCAUUGCCUACUACAUCCGACGGGCGACGCUGAUCAACCUGACUGGUCUGGCGGGCUCAUCAAACACGACGGGAGAUGACCAGAAGAAGCUGGAUGUGAUUGGAAAUGAUCUUUUUGUUGCUGCCAUGAAAGGAUCGGGCCGAUGCAGAGCUCUGGUCUCGGAGGAGGUCGAGGACAUCAUUUACUUUGACGAACACCCUAAUGCCCGCUACGUCGUGGCUUGCGACCCCAUUGACGGCUCCAGCAAUCUGGACGCAGGCGUCAGUGUCGGUACGAUUUUCGGUAUCAUGAAGCUGCCCGAUAGUGUGGUUGGGUCCAAACCCAAGCCAGAGGACCUGUUGAUGCCUGGAACUGAACUGAUUGCUGCUGGGUUCACCAUGUAUGGUGCUUCGACGCAAUUAGUGAUUACCAUGAAAGGAGGCACCGUCAACGGCUUCACUAUGGACAACGCAUUGGGCGAAUUCAUCCUCACCCACCCCAACAUGCGCAUCCCCAAGAAACGAGCGAUCUACAGCGUCAACGAAGGCAAUUCCAUGUACUGGUCCGACAAGACCAAGGCGUACUUUGAAUCCCUCAAGUACCCCAAGGAAGGAGGCAAACCUUAUUCCGCACGGUACAUUGGUUCCAUGGUUGCCGACGCCUACCGCACGCUUCUGUACGGUGGCAUCUUUGCCUAUCCAGCCGACAAGAAGUCGCCAAAGGGCAAACUCCGGAUUUUGUACGAAUGCGCCCCCAUGGCCAUGGUCAUGGAGAACGCCGGCGGUAAGGCUGUCGACAGCAACAUGAACAGAAUGCUUGAGGUCCAGCCUAAGAAUAUCCAUGAUCGCUCCGGAAUCUUUAUGGGUAGCGAGGAGGAGAUGCAGAAGGUGAUUGAAGCGCACAAGUAAACAAGUCAGGCAGUGGGGUCACCUGGCGCCGUCUUCUGUUCUGUCAUGUCAUGACACGUCAUCUUGAUGUCCUACCUACCUUGGAUAUAUCCUCUUUGGCACAUAUAUAUGCAACUUGAACGGAGCAAAAACUUGAAAAGCGGUUGGUAACGAAAUGACCUAUUCGACAAUGUGAAAGUCAGAGACCCGACAGGACGAAUUUCGUACUACUACUAGUAUGAUGACUUUUCUUUUGCGUCUUGUUCGUAAAGCCGAUAUCGUACAGUACGCAGGGUGUAAACUAGAAUAGUGUUGGUGCAAAAGGACUCUCUAUCUUUUGCCGUUUCUGCUCCCCAUCUUUGCCCUCGCUGCAGUGGGGGCAUUCAAAUGUCAGCUUUGAAGUCGAGCAGUAAACUCCGCCAAGGCAUCCACAACCUUGAUUUCCAGUGUUGCUGCUGCUGCUCCUUGUCCUGUUGUGACGGUUCCAUGAUGAUGACCAUCGUCAUCGUCCAUGGCGUCAACGUUGUUGACGUUACUGCUCCUAAAUCGUCCAUA